GGGUAUUUUUGACAAGCUGCCGCCAACACAUUAGCUUGGAGCGGAGUGCGUUUCCGCUUCACUCCUUCCCCGUCCCGCGCUCGAUGCUUCCAGCCUUGCUGAACGGACAACAUUAGGACGCAUGACAUUUUGAACUCCGAUAACAAAAACACAGCGGCUGGAUGAGUGGGCCAACCUUCUCCUCCCCCUCAGCAGAGGUGGCUGAGAUGAAUCGCAUCCAUUAUGAGUUGGAGUACACAGAGGGCAUCAGCCAGCGUAUGCGAAUCCCAGAGACCCUCAUGGUGUCAACAGAGAAACAGACAGGGUCUCUGCCACUUCAGCAACCCCUGCCCACUCACACUACUAUGAUGCAAGUGCCAGAGAGGAUCGUAGUAGCAGGUGAUGAUGGGAACACGCUUUUUUCUCGUCCUCGAGACCUUGACCUGAUUCAGUCCAUCCCACCUGUGGAUCUACUGAGCAUGAAGGCCCCACCACGUGUCCUCACCCUCACAGAACAGCCACUGGACUCCCUUGAAACUGAACAAACCCCCACUUCACAGAGUAACCCCAGCCAGACUGCCCACUUUCAUGGUCGGUCUCGAAGGGAGCGUAGUGCGAGUGAGAACAUGUCUGGCCGUCACAGCAGAGUUGAUAUCAGCAUAACCCCUUCACCCUCUGCCCCCCCAGUUCGCUUGUGUCCCCCUCUCUGCUCCCCAGAGGAUGCAAACAUCAACCUGUUCACAGCUGCUGGGUUCUUGUCCUACAUCCAGUCAACAACACGCCGAGCAUACCAGCAGGUGCUGGAAUUGCUGGAUGAUAGCCAACGCAGGACACACCUGGACCUGGCCCUGGAUAUGAAUCAUGAAGAGUCUGGUUUAGUGGAUGCAUCUUCUCUGCGACGACAGAUAGUGAAGUUGAAUCGGCGUCUGCAGUUGCUGGAAGAAGAAAACAAAGAACGCUCUAAACGUGAAGCGAUCCUGUAUUCAGCCACCGUGGCAUUCUGGCUCAUUAACACCUGGAUCUGGUUCAGACGCUAAAAUGGAGCGAGGCAGUGUCUCUCAAAACACUGGAGGCCAAAGCAAUUCCUUAUUAAAAGAUAACAGAUCUAGGCUCACAAACCCAAACACUUUUAAGCAAACACUGGAAACUGAAGAGCAUUUGCUAAAUCCUCAAAUUUUUAAAGCAAAUUCUUCUUUGGGGGUUUCAGAUGCUCGGUGCUGAAGCAGUAAAACCUAACCACUGUUUACAAAACCAAUUAUAAAACAAUAGGUCUUUCUAUCUUAUGUUGCUUGAUUACACUUUUAAAUUGCACUUAUACCACAUCUGACUAUUAACUGGUUAUGAUCGCAUACAGCACCACCAGGACAAGAUGCGAAACUUCAGUCUUACAUUCAAAAGGUAUGUGUUAUUAAUAAUAGUAGGACAAAGCACAAUGAGACCACAGGUGCUCACUGGACUUUAGGAAAAACUAAACAUUGUAAGAAAAAUUCAGAACAAAAGUGCCAGUUUAAAGUUAAAUGACUUUACAAACCUGGUAUCAAUCACUAAACACAGAAAAACUUUACUAAAAUUAUUUUUAUGCAAGAAAAACAAACAAGAAAGACAAAAUGUAAGGGAUGGCAGGUUUUGUUGAUUAUUCCUUUGCUAAGAAACAUUGGAUGUUAAACUGAGCCUUAUGAUAGUUCAUCUUUGUCCGAGUAUUUAAAAUGUGUAAACAGGUUUGUCUGCUUAGGAAGAAUGAGUCGAGGAUAAACAAAGAUUUACUUAGGCUACAAAUGUUUUGGGAGGCUAGUUCAAAGCUGGAGCUGUUGUUACAGGACCAAAUUUCAGAGCUGACCCUGCUUGUCCGUUUUAAUUGAGGUUCAUCAGUUAUGGGAAAAAAAAGAAAAAAAAACUACCAUUCUUAAGUGUCAAUAGCUUUUUUUCCACAUAUGCUCUCCUGAAAUUUUCAAAAGAAUAAAGCUGCUAACUUAGAUAUUUCCUACACAGUGCUAGGUUAUCACUGUCAUGGGUGACUUGGAAAUGACAUACAAAGUGACAGACUCCGAUGCAAUGAUGAUAUUUUUUUGCCUUUUAAUCUGUGCUAUAUAUAGUUCAACAUGUUCACUGACCGGAACAAACAGGCUAAACAAAAAACAUGAAGAAGUCUCAUAACAGGCUCUCAGAGCACACUUGUGAUGUGGCAGAAGGUGGAUACAAAUGUCAUCCCUUUCCACUUGCUUGUUCUGAACUAUACUGAAAAUUAUCUGCUGAGUCCACACAUCGACUCAACCUGACUAUACAUGGAAGAUUUCCUCAUUGGCUACCUGGAAAAAUUCUAGGUAAAGUUAGGGAGAAAAAUUCUGCUGUUUGUGAUCACACAUGUAAGUCACUGGAAUUUUCAGGAGUUUUUGUUUUGUGUGUGAAAGUGCUAAAAGUAACAUGAGUUAUUCUAGAGAUGCCAUAACAUUAGCUCUGAAGUCCUCUUAAGUUGUGCAUUACCAAAAACAUUUAUGUAUAACAUUGUUCAAAUGUUUGUAGGUUGUUCUUUUUAUUUAUUUUUUGUACUUUUCAGCAGCCACAUGCCUAGCAUUCUGUGAUAAGCUAGAAGAAGAAGUGGUGACAUACAAAGGGCAGGGUGCUAAGAUUAUAUCCUAUAGUGAUAUUGUUCUCUCAUUCUGUUUGUACAGAACAAGCUUGACUUUUCCAGAAAAUUUGACCACUUAUUUUCCACAAGUUACCUACAUGUCUACAAGCAUGAACUAUGUGGUUUUAUUCAUUAUACAAUGUGAUAUAAAUCCAGGAGCUAUUGUCUUUAUGAGUAAAUGUAUUAGAUGGCUAUGUAUAUGAAUAAUUGAUGUCAUUAUUUUUCAAUAAUGAAAUAAGUAUUUGAUGGGGGUUAAUUUAUUGCUACAGUGCAGAGGAAUCCACAAUAUAAUGCUGUGACCAUUUUUUCUGUUAAACACUGUACCUAUAACUUAAUUUUGAGUUUUAAGGUAUAUAUUUUACUUUCUUUGUAAAAUGUGAAUACAUUCAUAGUUUGUUUAUAUUUUGCUGUAAUAAAUAAUGGGUGUAAACAUA